AUUUAGUUUAUAAGGGAUUGAUAUCACCCAUUUUUUUUCCCUCUAAUGAACUAGUAGAGCUUUUCCCUAAUUAACUACUGUUGAUCAAGUUCAGAUCAAUCGCUGCACAGGCCACCAUUUUCCACAGCUCCGAGAAUUGUUCCUGUCUAGAUCACUCGUAAAAAAAGCACUCCACUUUUUUUCGCUUUUUUUUCCAGGUCCUCGAGUAUUGCUGCAUUCCUCAUACAACCACAAUUGAGUCUCGUCUAGCUCUCUAUAUCCGACAUUCAGGGUGUAUUCUAUUAACAUAGUACCUAUAACAUAUCCUUCCCAUCAAUAUCUGGAUUCGGUUUGAAAUACAGAUUAGAUCUGAUCGAAUCUUUGCAUUACAAAUUAUUUUUGAGAAGCGAAAAAAAAAAACUGAUCAAAAAAAAAAGGUAAAAUAAGCUAUUUUUGCCUUUACACAUAUUUUUUCUAGAAAGGCUAUUGAUCCCCCUUAUACAUUAAUAAGGUAUCACAUUUCUUAUCUACUGAGUACUCCAGUAAUUUCUAAGCUAUUCAACCGUCAUUCGAUUUAGCUCCUGAACUUGUAGUAUCUCACCGAAAGGGUCUAGUGUAUAUUUCUUCCACUAGCCGACGCACCCGUUCCUUUAGUUUAUCGAAAGAUAUUAAAUAAAAAAAAAGGAAGAAAAAAUAUCAAAAAAAAAAAAAAGAUUACAGGAAAAAAGAAACAAUUAAUCUUUGUGUCAUUCAAUAGGGGUCAUUAUUAGUUUCUCCUUUGCACCCGAAAAUUAAAAUAUUGCUUUCAAGUUGACUACCUUAACUACCACAACAUCCACCAUGACCUGGAAGGGAGGCUUGAGUCUCGACUCGACGCUAAGCAUUUCUUCUUCAGAGUCAUCGCUUUCAGAAGGAGGGUUUUCUGAAAGCUCUGAAACUUCUGUUUCAGGAUCUUGGUCACCCCCUUCAUCACUCCAAGUUUUGAAAACUCCUGCCGCUGGUUCAACUGAUUCCGUGGUAUCAAUGGACUCUACAAGCUCUGUAUCAACCAUAAAGCUCUCUUCGGGCUCAAAUCUUUAUCCCGAAGAAGAAGAAUUCGGAGAAGGACAUCCUCCUCUUUUACGUAAAAAGUCCGGUGAAUUGGUCAAAUCAUCAUUAAAACUUCCUGCUCUUGCCAGAUGUAAAUCAACCCUGAAUGUCUUGAUGAAGAAAUCUGUCAGUUUUGCUCUGAGAUUAGAAAACAUUAAGAUGUUUGAUGGUAAAGAUAGUCCUAGUGUCGUUUCUACAAAUGAUAAUAGUCCCAUGGAAUCACCAAGUAUUAGCCGUUCCGGUGGUAGAUCAUCCUAUUUUUCUUGGGAUUGGGAUAAUGGAAAUGAUGAUGACGAUGGAUAUGAUGAUUAUCUGACAUCGGAUGAAGAUGAAAUUCUUCGUAAAUCAUGGGAAAUCAAAUCUACAGAUGUUUUGUGUUCCGUACCAUUUAACUUGCAAAAUGAAAAAAGACCAGUUUUCCUUCAAUCUAUUGCAGUUUCUCCUGAUAAGAAAUCUCUUUUUGGGUUCAUUUUAGUUAAAAAUUUAGCAUUUGAAAAGAAAUUAAGUGUUAAAUUAACCACAAGUAAUUGGAAAUCAAGUAUUAUUAUUUCAAAUGCCAUUUAUAUCCAAUCAUUCCGAUCUUCUCAUUAUGAUCAAUUCAAAUUUUCCAUGCCACUUUCAAAUUAUAAAUCAUUAAUUAACAUGGAAUUAGUUGUCAAAUAUGAUGUUGGAUCUGAUACAUUUUGGGAUAAUAAUGAUAAUAAAAAUUAUCAUAUUGAAAUUAGAGCAAUUCAACAACUUCCAAAGCAAAUUCGUAAGCGUCAUCCUACAAUUUCCAAUAGAAAUUCUAUUCCAGAAUUCGAAGAUUUGGUUAGUCGUUUAGUCACUAUUAAAAACGAUUUAGAUGAUGAAAAUUCUGACAUUACUCCAAGACUGAAAUCUGCAUUCAGUGGAAGAUAUAACUUUAUGAAUGAAGAACUUCCUAAAAGACCUGUUUUGAAAACAUCUUUCUCUCAGUCAGAUGUUAAUACGAUUAAACCAAAAUACUCCAAUAGUUUCAAGUCUAGAAAUUCUGCUGCUACUGCUAAUAAUAAUGUUGGUACUCUGUCAACGACUAACGUUGACAAACCAACUGGUCUUUCAAAUGACACAAAUUUUAAUUCAAAAUCUUAUACCGACUUGCUUAAUUCUUAUUGUUUUUACAAAGGAGAUGAAAGUCGAUUAUCUAGCAACUCGUCAUCCAAUUCAAAACCCAAAAACUUAUCUAGACAGAAUACUUCUGCUCAUACACCAACAACAGUUCCAAUAUCUGCAGCAUCCACAUUUCAUUUUUUGAGUGAUUCAAUUCAUAUUUAAUUCUUCACGUUGGAACAUCGUCAUCUCCCAUCGUUUCCUUUUUAUUUUUAUUAUUUUUACUGUUUGAUUUGCAUUGUUAAUUUGGCUUUAAACAUCCAACGCAUUCGUUUACAAGCAUUGCAUCCAUACAUCGGGUUAUUGUUAAUUUAUUGUAUUAUAUAGAGUUAUAUAGUGGUAUUUUUAUUAGAAAAAUGUAUAUCUGAGUUUUUAACAUAUGGUAGUUUA